AUUUUUUCAUUUUCUAUUAAAAUGAGUAUAGUAGUAGUGUCGACAUAAAAUACUUAGAAGGAAAUCCCAGAAAAAGGGACUAACUUUGGAGAUCUAAUUGACGAAUUCGAGCCCUCUGGAAAAUUUGUGGACUAUUAGUUUGCAUACGAUGGAAAGAUACUACAAAAUAUUUCAAAAGCAACAAAACUAGCAGCUAUAUGUUAAGGUAAAGGAGGACGCAUAGAGAUCUAAGUAUUAUUCAAAUAUAUAAAAGAGAAAAUAAUCAAACUAACAGUUUUCAAAAAUUUUAUCAACUAAUCCACAACCAAAUUAGCCAUCACCUUUUACUUAGCAAACAUAUUAAUAAAAUACUCCUUCAAUUAAUCAAUAAGAAUAAAAAAGCAGUUCAAUUCAAAAAGGUGAAUAACCUGCAAGUGUUUGGGAUACUGUAUUACAACCUAAUCUGUAGAAUCCUUAAGAAAAACAAUAAGUUAAUUUUGGAUCUAAUCCAUAAUUGAAAGCUAGUCCUUUUAUAAAACCUUCUGUUCAACAAUCUGCUGGCCAAAAUUCAUUUACUCCCAUACCUGUUAAUGUUUCUGCUACUCCUGGUCCUUUCGUUCCAGCAGCUGUUUCUACUCCUCCUGGUCCUUUUGUUCCAUCAGCUGUUCCUACUCCUCCUGGUCCUUUCGUUCCAGCAGCUGUUUCUACUCAAGCUCCACCUUUUUCUUAAAAUUAACCAAUAAAUAUCAUAUCCCCCCCAAUACCUAAAUUUACUUAACCUCCAGUCAUAAGUCAAACAAUUUAGCAACCAUAAACAUAAACACUAAGAAAAACAGUAAAAUAUAAGAGUUAAAUUAAUGACGAGUACAAUAUUAUUUAUACUUAGAUAAAAAAUUAUAAAUGAUUAUAAAAUCAAGAUCACAGAAAAAGGAAACAGAGUGGAACUAGAAAGUGAGAAAUAUGAUAUGAAGGUAGUAUUUUUAGAAGAAAAUGCCAAUGAAGUAAUUUAAAUAAAAAAAUAAUAGAAAAUAUAAUCAGAAAUAAAAAAAUAAUUAACUAAAGAUGCAUAUCCAUAAGAUAUUAAACUUUUGGUUAAAUGUCUAGUAGGGGAAGAAAAUUAGUCAACAAAAGUUAUUUUUAAGAAAAAUUUUGAUGGAUUGGCAAUUUAAUGGGCAACUGGCUUAAUUACAUUGUUUGAUUUUAAAUUGGAUUAUUGAAAUGACAUAUCAAAG